AUGUUCGGGCUGGAGCAGUUUGAGCCGCAGAGCAGCGGCCGAAGCGGCGGGCAGGCGGAGCGGGGCUUCGGCCAGCCCGGACUGAGCAUGAGCGCGCACUUCAAGGCGCCGGCCUUCCCCGGCGGAGGCCCGGCGGCCCCGGCCGUGGACCCGGCCCUAGGCGCUCUGGGGGAACCUCCCCUGCUGGGCAUGAACAUGAGCAUGGCCGGGGACGCGUACGGCUUCCCGGGCCGCGGCCCGGCAGAGCUGCACGGCGGUGGCGGCGGCGGCGGCGGGAUGCAGCCUCCGGUGCACGGCUUCUUCGGCGGGCAGCAGCCGCACAGCGGCCACGGCGGCGCUCACCACCCCCACCAGCACCCCCCGCACUUCGGUGGCAACUUCGGGCCCGACCCCGGUGCCUCCUGCGUGCACGGCGGCCGGCUGCUGGGCUACAGCGGCGCGCUGGGCGGGCAGACGGCGUUCGCCGACGGCUACGAGCACAUGGCCGAGAGCCAGGGCGGUGGCGAAGGCUUCGGGCAGCAGCGCCCCGGGAACCUGCCUGACUUCCAGCACCACAGCGCCGGUGCUUCCAGCCACGCCGUUCCGGCGCCCUGCCUGCCCCUCGACCAGUCCCCGAACCGCGCCGCCUCCUUCCACGGGCUGCCGGCGGCCGGGUCCUCCGAGCCACACGGCAUGGAGCAGCGGCGGCUGCCCGCGCAGGGCAGCGUGGACUCGCUGGAAUACAAUUACCCUGGCGACGGCCCCGCCGGUCACUUCGAGCUGCCCGUCUUCUCGCCGUCGGAGCCCGAGGGGCAGCUGCCACACUACGGCGGCGGACGGCAGGUGCCGGCGGGCGGCAGUUUCGCGGGGGCACCCGCCCUGCCCCGGGCGCCGGGCAUGGCCGUGGCCAAGGCGCACCCACCACAACAGCACGGUGUCUUCUUCGAGCGCUUCGGGGGAGCACGGAAGAUGUCCACCAGCCUGGAGUCGGGGGCCAGCGCCCGGCACCCGCUGAUGCAGCAGCAGCAAGCGCCACCGCCGCAACCACCACAGCAGCCGCCGGGCUUGCUGGCCAGACAGAACUCCUGCCCGCCAGCCAUCCCUAGGCAACAGCAAACAGAAGCCAACGCUCCAAACCCCAACCUGCAGGACAAUGGGCCCAUAAUGCAGAACCAGCAUGCACAGUUUGAAUACCCUAUUCACAGACUGGAGAACAGGAAUAUGCAUCCCUACACCGACCCCGUGUUUAAUAUGCAGCACCCUCCUCCGCAACAGCCACCAAAUCAAAGACUGCAGCACUUCGAUGCCCCCUACGUGAGCGUCGCCAAGAGGCCGCGGUUUGACUUCCCCGGCAACCCUGGCGUCGAGCGCUGCGCCUCCUGGGGCAGUGGCAUGCAUGGCCCCGCCAUGGAGAGCCACCUCUCCCCAACGGCCUACCCCGGUCUGCCAGGCGAGUUCACCCCACCGGCACCCGAGGCAUUUGGGGGGCCGCUGCCACACGGCGGCCCCGAGCACCCGGCACUGGCGCAGCGCCAGAACGCGGCCCUGGUGAUGAAGCAGAUGGCCUCGCGCAGCCAGCAGCGCCUGCGGCCGCCCAGCCUGCAGCAGCUGGGACACCACGGCGAGGUGGGCCCGCCCGGCGGCCUCCCGCCACCCGCUUUUGAGCGAGAGGCUGGCGGUGGCCGUGGCUUCGACCCACCGGCACCACACCUUGCCCCUGACAGCGCCUGGUUUGCAGGGCCUCCACCGCCCGGGGAGCUGCUACCGCGGCGCAUGGCGGCACCGGGGCUGCCAGCCGAGGCGGCCCCCCAUGAGCUGGGCUUGCAGCCGGGUGGUGCAGCCGUGCUCUUCCGACCGGGUGCUGGUGGGCUGGGGCUACAGGAGCCGUUGCGGAUGGCGGGCGAGGGCCCGGCGCAAGCCUUGCCCUCGCCUGGUGUCCACCCACCCUUUGCGCCUGCUAUGGGUGGUCUCUCGCAGUUGCAGUCGCCGGGCGGUGGGGUGGCACUGCCCAGUGCCCCGUCUGAGCGCCGUGGCCCUGCUGACUUUUCUGCCCAGCCCAGCUUCUCCUUUGCAGCAGCGUCACGGCAGCCAGCGGCCCAUGGGGCUGCGCCAGCCCUCAGCGCCUCGCCAGGUGCCUACCCACCACCCCCACCUGAGUUCCCCCCUCCGCCACCACCACGGCCUGCUGCCAGCAAGCUAGGUGCCCUCUCACUGGGCUCCUUCAGUAAGCCGGCUAGCAAGGACAAUGUCUUUGGGCAGAGCUGCUUGGCUGCCCUCUCCACUGCCUGCCAGAACAUGAUUGCCAGCCUGGGUGCCCCCAACCUCAAUGUCACCUUCAACAAGAAGAGCCCAGCUGAGGCCAAGCGCAAGCUCAGCCAAGCCGAUCCUGACCCACCACCGCCUGCCACCUCGGACUACUUCCCAGCAGGGCCACCAGCAGGUGGGGGUGGCACGGGCAAGGCGGCAGGCGCUGCCCCACUGUUGCCCGCUGAGAGCAGCCUCUCACCCGGCUAUGCCCUGGAGCCGGCAGCCGGUGGUGAGGGGAAGGCGGGUGGCGGGCGGGGGCGGGGCCGCCGGAAACGGGACAGUGGGCAUGUCAGCCCUGGCACCUUCUUCGAGAAGUUCUCAGCCACAGAGGGUGGUGGGGCUGGUGUCAGCCCGGGGCAGCCGGCAGUGCCGGCGGCAGCAGGGGGCCCACCAGGGGCCACGGGUGCAGAGCGCGGUGGGGGCACCCCCCAUGACAAGCCCCUGACCUCGCCUUCCUGGGGCAAGGGUGGUGAGCUGCUGCUGGGGGAGCAGCCCGACCUGAUGUCCUCCCUGGACAGUGGCAUCCAGAGCGUGACCAAGUCGGAUGGCAGCUCCCCCCACGUGGACUUUCCUGACGAGGUCAGCACCAGCUACGGCAACGAGGACGAGGUGUCCUCCAGCUCCGACAAUGCCACCUCCAAGCCCACUCGCAGCCCGCUGCUGGGCGGCUCGCCCAAGCUGCCCCGUGGAGAGCACGCACUUCUCAACGGACAGAAGCCCCUGGCCCUUGGCCUUCUCAGUACAUCUACCUCGACCCCCGACAGCUAUGGGCUCAGCACCACGGCAGGCACCCAUCCUGGCACACCGAGCAUGGAACAGGUGCGGACCCCCACGAGCACCUCAGCCCAGGACGAGAUCCACCCCCUGGAGAUCCUGCAGGCGCAGAUCCAGCUCCAGCGGCAGCAGUUCAGCAUCUCGGAAGACCAGCCCUUGGGGCUGAAGAGCAAGAAGGGGGAGUGCACGGGGCAGAACGGGGACAGUGACCUGGGCAGCUGCUGCUCAGAGGGCGUCAAGGGCGCCAUGAGCACCAUCGACUUGGACUCCCUGAUGGCGGAGCACAACUCCACCUGGUACCUGCCCAGUGAGAAGGCCCUGAUGGAGGGGCAGGAGGAGGACAAGCCCAUGGUGCCCUGGGAGAAGCCCAAGCCCCCAAACCCCAGCAAAGAAGCCCACGACCUUCCCCCGAGCAAGACCUCGGCGGCGGCGGCGCAGACGGGCAGCCACCUGCAGUGCCUCUCGGUCCACUGCACGGACGACGUGGGCGAGGCGAAGGGCCGGACUGCCGUGCCGACGUGGAGGUCCCUGCACUCGGACAUCUCCAACAGAUUUGGGACUUUUGUGGCUGCCCUGACUUGA